AUGCAUCACAAUUGGAAAUUGAUAGUCUCACUAGUAUUGCUGAUACUGAACUGGGUAAAUGCGAAAAGGAAAAUCGAUUAUUUAUACGGCAAACCUCGAGACUUCUGUUCUGGAACGGACAAUAGUCGAACAGAACUGCAGGACAAGAAUCGGAUAAAUCAGCUAAUCAGACAAUACCAGAAUUGUACCCGAGUUUACGGAAACCUAGAGCUAACUUAUAUACGACAUGAAGAUCUGAACGGAACUGAUCCGGAGCGAUUUUUCAGCUUUUUAGACCAUAUCCAACAGAUCACUGGUUACUUGCUAAUCUAUUCGAAUGAUUUCAAUCAAAUAACGUUGCGAAAUUUGGAAAUAAUUUGGGGCGACACGCGACAUGAUGAAAUAGCAGCAAUAGACAUAAGUUACAACGAUAAUUUGAAAUAUGUCAACCUGCCAAAGUUGAGAAGUGUUGAACGUGGUAAUAUAGUGUUGAUGCACAAUCCAUAUUUAUGCAAUUGGAACACUACCGUGUCCUACAAUGAAAUUAUUGGUAAAGCCAGUAAAUUACGAAUCCAAUUUAUGAAUAAUUUUGGAAAAUGUGAUCAGGCUCAAAGCAAAUGUGCAGAAAAAUGUGGCAAAUAUUGUUGGGGACCGACCACAAAUAUGUGUCAAACAGUGUAUCGUGAAAUAUGCCCAAAAGACUGUCCAUCACAAAUGUGUUAUCAAGGUGACAACAGGACACAUUGCUGUGACGAGGCAUGCGCAGCGGGUUGUUUUGGUGAAGGCAAAAGCGCUUGCAUAGCUUGUGCUAAGUUAGAGCAGGAUUCGAAAUGUGUGGACAAGUGUAAUGGAUUGACAGACUAUGAUCGAAAGUUGAAAAUGACUGUGAAUCAUUCUAAUCCACGAUACACCUAUGAUCGUUAUUGUGUGGAGCGAUGUCCAGGUGAGACGCUUAUUCAAGGAGAAUAUUGUGUUGUACACUGUGCGGAAGGCUAUUGGCAUGAUCCGGUUAAAAAUACUCGAGUUUGUGAGAAAUGUCCUGAUGGAAUAUGCCCAAAAACCUGCUAUAUGGACGAGCCAAUAGAUUCGAGCAAUAUUGGAAGUUUAGCAAACUGUACAGUUAUCGAAGGUUUCAUCCAGAUUUUGCGCCACACAUUCAAUUCUCAUCGAAAAUUUUUUACCGAUGGAAGACCACCAAUCUAUAUACCAGGGUUAACAGUGGAAAUGUUGGAAGUCCUGAAAAAUGUGAAAGUUAUUACAGAAUUUGUUGAAAUCCAAACUGUUGAUUCUUCUCCUCCAUCAUUGAGCUUCCUUGGCAAUCUUACAACCAUUGAAGGACGGAAACUUUCUAACCAACGAUAUGCGUUAUUAAUCACCAGCAACCAAAAUUUAUUCGAACUUGGAUUACGGUCAUUAAGAGAGAUAAGGAAUGGAUAUGUUUACAUUGGAAGAAAUGAGAAACUUUGUUACGUAGAUUCGUUGAGAGAGCACUGGAAAAAAAUCUUGCAAACGAAUGAUACUUCUCGUCUGAUAUUAACAGACAAAAACAGUGUCUAUUGCACUAGAAAUAGAAAGUUCUGUCAUCACACCUGUAAUAAGAUUUAUGGAUGCUGGGGUGAAGGACCAAAGAUGUGUGUAAAAUGCAUUGGUUACAGUGUGGACGGCAAGUGCUCCGCUACCUGUCCUCCCGAAAGGUAUUAUAUCAAGGACAAAAAUUGUCAUAAAUGUCACCCACAGUGUAAAAGUUGUAAUGGACCAACAGCACGAGAUUGCAUUGCAUGCAUGAACGUUCGAAUGCAGCAGAGAAAUAAAUGGGAGUGUAUAUCGGAAUGUCCGAAGACACAUUAUGUCGAUGGCAACACUUGUUUGCCAUGCAAUGUAGCAUGCUAUAAUUUUGGUUGUACCGGUCCAAGCAGUAUGUUAGCUAAAGGUGGUUGCAACAAAUGCAAGCAUGCAAAGCGCUCUGAUAGUGGCAAACAACCGUUAUGCUUGUAUGCUACAGGUAAACCGAAGGAUGUUUGUCGUGACAAUAACUUAACUCGCUACUAUGCUACUGCAUCAUCUAAUGAAAUGCUUGUUGCUGAAUUCGAAUGUGAUGAAUGUAGUGAAGAGUGUUUGAGUUGCUCUGGUUACGGUACAUCUGUAAAGCGACAUAAAUGUACAUGUGCGCAUUAUUUAACGAAAACGGUUUCAAAUAACGACUAUUGCACAAUGAAGUGCAAAAUGGAUUCAUUUAUGGUGCGCCCCAGAUCAGGUAGUACCAUCGGUGAAUGUGAACGAUGUGAUGAACUGUGUGACCUUUCAAUGGGUUGCACAGGGCGUAGUUCUACAAACUGUACACGAUGUGCCAAAGCUGGCAUUUCAAAAGGCGAUAAAUUAGGUAUCACAAUAAACUGUGUAAAAUACAAAAAACGAUAUCAAAGGGAACUUGAAAUGAACUUGCCCAGCAUUCCGGAAUACGAACAAACGGACCCGUCCAUGAGACCAAAUAUGACACGUCUUUGUAUUAUCACCAGUGAAAAUCUUGAAAAAACGCAGCAAUCCCUUGGACAAGGUGCAUUUGGAACUGUUUUCUUGGGCUAUUGGUGGCCGAAAGGUAAGGAUGAAGGUGAAAAAUUGGCAGUAGCAAUUAAAGUAGUUCACGAUGGUAGUGGCACAGCACAUCAGGAGAUGUUGCAAGAGGCAGGUAUCAUGGCUUGUAUGCGACAUGAACAUUUGCUUCGAUUGGUUGGUGUAUGUCUCAGCGAUGGCAUGCAAAUUGUGACUCCGAUGCGACCACUUGGGAGUUUGAAGAACUACCUUAAAAAAUAUCGACAAAAACUUGGUGCAAGAGACUUGUUACUAUACUGUUACCAAAUUGCUUCGGCAAUGGAAUACCUUUAUAAAAACCGUUUAGUACAUCGAGAUUUGGCUGCGCGAAAUGUAUUAGUGAAGAGAACCAAUCAUGUUGAAGUAACCGAUUUUGGGCUUGCCAGAUUGUUGGAAAAAGGAAAAAGUGAAGUCAUCGUUGCUGGAAAAGUUGCCGUGAAAUGGUUAGCACUAGAAAGUCUCGAAAAACAGAUUUACAACCACUAUACCGAUGUUUGGGCUUUCGGUGUUACUUGUUGGGAAGUGUUAACAUUUGGACAAACACCGUUCCAAAGCGUACCGCCCGAUCAAAUACGCCAACAUUUGGCAACUGGAAAUCGUUUGGAACAGCCAAAUAACUGUGCCCAGGAAGUGUAUCAGACAUUUUUGCAAUGUUGGUUACAAAAUCCGGAAUCGAGACCAAGUUUUGUUAUCCUUAAAGAGAAAUUCAAACAGUAUUGCAAAGCACCUCAUCUUUAUGUCCUGGAUCGUUAUUAUAAACAGCACUUGGAAUCUGCACUAUUUGAAAAUCAGCGUGAGCUCUUCAAUGGACUAAUCGUUAACGAAGAACUUUCCGAUCAGUUUAAAUUUUCUGGGAGCACAACAGCUACAUCCACUUCAGUUCCGCCGUCACCGAUGACGCCUUCUUGGGUGGCAUUUCAACAGGAUUCUCUUAACAUACAGCAGGACAAGCGAUUGGGAAGCACUGAUUCCGGACGUUAUCAAAGUGAUCCUGUACAUGACGGACAUACAAAAUUAAGUAUGGAUGAGGGAAAUUAUUUGAUACCAAACAAUAAGCAAUUAAUCUUGUAUACACCAGUUGUUGUUCGAGAAAAUGGAGAAACAGAGAUAAUGAAAAGUUCGCAAUAUUAUAACGAUAAAGUGGGUACCGAUUAUUACAAUCAAUUAAAGUCUAUAUCGAUGGAAAUCGAGAAAGAGGCAAAAUCGAUCAAAAUAACAACAUAUCAAAAUGAUUAUUAUUUUGCUGAAAAUGAGACAUCAUUGUAA